UGGUCUGUCUCCCUGUCCCGCCACCGCCACCGCUCUCUCUCCCUUUUGUUCCCGGUCCUGGCAGCUCGUGGCGAUGGGAAUGGGGAUGGGAGGGCGCAGCGCGUGCGCAGUCGGGCGAUUCCUGGCGCAGGCAGUUUGACCUCAUCCCGGGAGCAGGAGAAGGAGGGAGAGGGAGGGAGAAGGAGGGAAAGAAAGUCCAGCCGGGAUCGGCCGCUCCGGCAGCGGGAGGAGGAGGAGAGAGAGGGAGAGGGACGGGAACGGGAACGAAAAGGGAGGCUGAGAAAGACGGAGCCAGGACGUGGGAGUGGAGCGGACCCGACAAGACAAGACCCGGCGCGGUGAGGCGACACGAAGGGAAGGAAGGACUCGAUGAAAGAUGACAGAAGAAGUUAUUGUUAUUGCAAAGUGGGAUUACACAGCACAGCAGGAUCAAGAACUUGACAUUAAGAAAAAUGAGCGAUUGUGGCUGCUUGAUGAUUCUAAAACGUGGUGGAGAGUAAGAAAUACAUCAAACAAAACAGGUUAUGUUCCAUCCAACUAUGUAGAAAGGAAGAACAGCUUAAAGAAGGGGUCACUGGUAAAGAACAUCAAAGAUACUCUAGGUUUGGGUAAAGCGAAAAGGAAAACAAGUGCAAGAGAUGCUUCACCGACGCCAAGCACGGAUGCAGAGUACUCGACAAAUGGUGGAAGCUCGGACCGGAUAUAUGAUUUGAAUAUUCCAGCAUAUGUCAAAUUUGCAUACAUGCCAGAGAGAGAGGAUGAACUAUCGCUGGUGAAAGGGUCACGGGUGACUGUUAUGGAAAAAUGUAGUGAUGGUUGGUGGAGAGGUGGCUACAAUGGACAAGUCGGCUGGUUUCCAUCGAAUUACGUUGUGGAAGAAGUUGACGAGGCCACUGCCGAUUCACCUGGCUUUUUCACAUCUAGACUGGGGGCAGCAAUGAGUAAUGGGCAAACCACAAAAGUACUUCAUGUGGUGCAGACGCUUUACCCGUUCAGCUCUGUCACCGACGAAGAACUAAAUUUUGAAAAGGGUGAAAUCAUGGAUGUCAUUGAGAAACCGGAGAAUGAUCCAGAAUGGUGGAAGUGUCAAAAUUCCAAAGGACAAAUUGGUCUUGUUCCCAAAAACUAUGUAGUAAUCUUAAACGAUGGACCUGCAGUGAGUAGUCCUCAUGUGUCUCAGAUCAGCUAUACUGGCCCAUCUUCAACAGGAAAGUUCGCCGGCAAGCAAUGGUACUAUGGUAGCAUCACACGCCAUCAGGCUGAAGUGGUUUUAAACGAGAGGGGAAUUGACGGCGACUUUCUUGUCAGGGAUAGUGAAUCAUCGCCAAGUGACCUGUCAAUAUCAUUAAAAGCAUCAGGAAAAAACAAACAUUUCAAGGUCCAGCUACUAAAUGGAGUAUAUUGUAUUGGGCAGCGUCGAUUUAAUACAAUGGAUGAAUUGGUAGAACACUACAAAAAGGCACCCAUCUUCACAAGUGAACACGGAGACAAGUUGUAUCUAAUCAAAUCCCUGCAGUGAUACAGGCUAUAGACCUGGUCAUGACCAGGUUUAUCAAAAACUGAACAAUUAUGUGAAGUAAAGAUAUUGAGAGAUUCUGAUACAAUGUUUUCAAUCGAUUUGCACCUCUGAGUGUCAUUUUUUUUCCUUUUAUAUUUUAUAUUUUUCCUGUUCAAUUGCCUGCUUCUCUUUAAUUCUAUUAAACGUGUUGCCUUCCAAAGGUUAGGCUGAACCUCCUCACUUUCUCAAUGAUCACUUGGGCACUCGCUUGGACUGCUAUUUCCCAAAUGUACAUUUAAUUAGCUAGAAGAAAUGGAUGAUUAGCAGAUACUGUCCUUGAAACUGCAGUGUUAAUUAAUCCAAUUAAAAUAUUCACAAAUUAUAUUCUUUUUGAGAAAAAUAUUGGGCACAGUUUAAAUGCACUGAAGCUACAGCUGAUUAAGAGAAAAUAGAUAUCACAAAUGUGGCAGUGAGUACUGUACUUUUUGCUCAUGAAGUAGUUACUGAGAUUUCUUAGAAUCUAGAAGUGCUUUACACUGUACUCUAUAUAACAUUUUAAAAAUUUCAUGUAAAGAGUACAUCAAUAGAAUUGUUAACACUUAACGUACUAGACUAUGAUGGCAAAUGGUAGAAAUAAGUGUAGCAAAUUUUGAUCUGUAAUUUGAAGCUAGUGGAGAGUACACACUUUUUAAGAUCAAUCUAAAGCAGGCGUCCGUAAUGUAAGAAGCUGAACAGCAAUGUUAUCUGCACAUUCAGCUGUGCCACUCAUUAUGCUUGUUUCUUGCAUCCUAAUGCUUGUUUCAAGUAAAUUAUACAUAUUUAAUUGUCACCACAAUAUGUAGCAGGUUGUUGACACUAAUAAGUGAGAUGAAUAAAAACUGAUCAUUUUGGGGGUUACUGGCAUGAGAUGUGUAAUUUGUGAUUUUUUUUUUACACUUUACACUACAUCAGAUGAACGAUGCAUUAAAGAAAAUGCUUUUAGCUGGAUAUAUUUAACGUAAUUAUUGUAGUUAUUUGUGUAGUCGGCACACAAUGUACUUUGGAUUUAUUGAAUAUCAUGUCCUUAUGUAUUUGAUUCUUAUUUCUGAAGCACAGCAUGGUUUUAUUUCUGCCAAACAAACAGUUAUUCAUUGUCUCUCUUCAAGAAGUGUCAUUUUAUGUCUGUCAAUUUUUGAAAAUUUAUGUGUUUAAAAGAAAACAAUGAUUUCAGGUACUCUUCAAACAUAAAACUAAGUGAACAUUUACAAUUAAUACCAAUAAUGAAUUCUUAGUUUGGUAUGCUGUAACUGUUUAGUAAUUGUUCAGUUAGAAUUAUUCCAUUUUAGAAAUCUAAUUCCAUUUGCAAAAUUAACCUCAUACUGGACCAAAUUUCAAAGUCAUUUAGACAAUUUUGUUAGAUAAUUUUGCCAAACAUUUUCUGUGAUUUUAAUCUUGCAUUUGCUUGUUUUACACACGUGACAGUUUUGCAAAUUGUUAUUGCACAUGAUUUUCAGCCAUUGUCUUAUUAUUUAAUGGAAUAGCAAGGAAGAAUAGCCCUUCCGUCUCCUAACAUAUACAAGUACAACUUUAUACCUUUUUCAGAAUUGUCUGGCCUGUUGUCGGAAGUUGAUUGACUUGUUUCGUUGUUCAAAUGUGUGUUCCUAGUUUAGGGUUAAAUACAAAUGAAGUGAUGGCCACAUUUAAACAGAUAUGAAUUGUUUCUUGAACAAUAACAAAUGUUUUUCCAAUCAUCAUGGGAUUCUGAAAUAUUUGCAGUUCUAUAAAAAAAAAAUUUUUUUUGAAGAAAUGUAUUUUCAAGUUGUUUGUCACACUCAUGUACUUAAGUUAUUAACUAAAAUAUUUAUAUUUUUAAAUGAAGUCAUAGACCCCACAAUCCACUAAGUCUGUGGUGACCAUUACGCACCCAGUUCAAACCCUAUACUAAUCUCAGUUCCCACCAGCCCCUCACUCCCCUCAGUUUCUUCCUUUUAUUUCUACACGAAAUGUAUAAUCAACCCACUAAUCCAGUCUUUGGUACUUUGACUAAUAGCUGACAAAUGGGUGAAAGUGCCUAUAACACUCUUUUGUCACAAAGAUUUGGAGCUACAGGCUAUGCAAAUAUUUUUUUUUAAAUGGCUAACAUCCUAAUUGGUUAACUUCCUUGAUGUAAUUUAAUAGUUAACUGCUAUCAGAGUUAAUGCAAAAGGCUCCAUGUGUUACUCUCGGCAAAUGGCUAUUCAGCAAUUUUUAUUGAAUAGAUACAUUUUCAGCAAGAGAAUUUGUUUACCCUCUUUGUUUGCAAAAUGCAAUUAACUUUGUGGGGCAAUAGUCAUUAUUUAAAAAAAAGUAGAUUUGAUUUUAUAACUAAUAUAUCAAUCACAUAGCAUGUCCUUCAGUACAUUUUUAACAAAUAUAUACUUUGCAAAAGAAACAUGUGUAAAUAUCGAUUAUGUGUUUGAAAGACAUUUGCAUUUUUAUUGAACAGUCAAGUCCUGAAGUUAUUUGUGAUGUGUAUGUAUAUCGCAGCUAAAUACAUUGGAUCAGGUAGUGGAAAUGGGAGAGGAUUAUUGCUACCCAGAUGGAAUUCAUUUUUUCUGCAUUCAAUCACCAGCUGUUCCAGAAACUCCGGUAAGAUAGUAAGAUACAGUUUUGCACAAAUUGAACUCAUUUUGAAGUUGAUGAAAAGCUCAACUGUGGGGAUAAAGAACUGAAUUGAGAAUCAGUCUUGCUCUUUAGAAGUCCCAUGUGAAAGUUGAGAAAUAUCACAGAAAAUUGCUUUUUUUUGCACAAAGAAUUUUUAAUUGUAGGAAAAGCAAGCCAACAAGAAUACACAGCACGCUCAUUUAGAUUUUGAAUGUAUUCAUAGUUAAAUGUCUGAGGAACAUGGCAAUUGAAUUGUUGGAGUAUAUAUAUGUUUUUAAAGGUGAUUAUUUGUCUUAUUGCCUUACUGACUAAAAAAAGUAAAUUGGCAAUUCAGCUUUUUGAAGUUUAUAUUUUUGUUUUAGCUGAAAUAGCCAAAAGAAUUAAAGAAACACAUUUUUGUUCAGGGAUAUGAAGAACUAAAGCACAAUCUGUAGUCGGGUGAUUUAAAAAAAAUCCGAAGAAAUAAAUUUGUGGGAAUGCACAAACUAGAACAAUUCCAGCAAGAGAAUUGUUCUCCUUAUUUGCAGCGUAUAUUUAACCUGACUUACUGAUCCUCGGGUAAUUUCUUAUUGUAAAAAAAAUUAUAUUUAAUUUUAACCUGAAUUUUUGAUCUUUGCGUCAAUUUUCAUUGUAAAAAUAGUAGUUUUAUAUUUGAUUUUUAAACUAAAGACUGUAAAUAUAAUUAAAGAUCACAUUUGGUGU